UACACUGUAACACUGGAAUAUAACAUUUACAAAAAUAUAUAUCACCCUUCAGCUGAACAGAUAAGUAUGAAAAAUCCAAGCAAUUAAAGCAUUUUAGGGUAUUAAUGUUGAACUGGGUAUUUAUAAAACCCACUGUUAGAAAAACAGAACACUGGAACGGUCCUUUAAACGGCUUCCGUACGUCUGCUUCUGGCGGGAAUCCAGUGCUAUGUUGCUCGCUGGGUUAGCUUUCCUCGCUUCAUUUGCGUUUUAAUCAACUAAUGGGUCUAACCUCUCUCAGAAAGUAAAACUAGAAGACAUAAGAUAUGUCUGUUUGAUUUUCAGAGUUAACUACAACCCAGUCGUGUCCGUCGGUUUAUCUAUUUGUUUUUUUUUUAAUCAAACGACAGCUAGCUCCAUUAGCAGCUUAAGCUAAAAUAAGGUUAGCUGCAUACAGUUAGUCACCAUUAGCAGAGUCUGGUGUUUGUUUUACCUACCAGGUGAGUAGUUUAAAAUUAACCAGGUAAUCUGCGCUACAGACCAGGCUGGGAAAAUGGCAACAGGGAGAAAACAGAUGAAGAGAAAACACCCAGAGGAAAAAUCAGAUAAAAAGAUUUUUGAUUUCACUGAAGAAGAUGAAAAGAAAGGGUUGAGUGGUUCAGAGGAUGAUGUCAGAGAAGGUGAGUGUAAGGUAACUUUAGGUUCACCUGGUGGUAACGUUUCACACGGGUCUGGUUAGCUUCAUUCUUAAUUUUAAUGACUGUUUUUGUCCCAAGAUGAGACUCCAGUGGUGGACAAAGUGGCAAAAAAGAGACCAGCUGCAGACUUUGAAGUAGAGGAGGCAAACUGCGCUGUUGGAAAUGAGGUACAAUCCAUGCUGGAGAAAUUUGGAGCUGACAUCAGCAAGGUGAUGCAGGCCAAGAAGAAACGUCUGGAGAGUCUCACAAAGAAUUACAUGAAGGGAAGUCAACACAAACUGGAGCAGCUGUGGAACAACUAUCACAGCCAGAGGCAGAAGAUGACUCAGCAGUACUCUCAGCAGGUUUCCACAGCUCUGCAGCAGUGGGAGACUGAAGCCCAGCGAGCUGAGGAGCAGGAGGAGAAGCUCAAUAAUCUGUUCAGGCAGCAGCAGAAAAUCCUGCAGCAGGCCAGAGUGGUGCAGAACCAGAAGCUGAAGACCGUCAGAGAGCUGUACGAGCAGUUUGUGAAGAACAUGGAGGACAUGGAGAAGAACCACGAGGCUUUCCUGCAGGGGGCGCAACAAGAGCUGAAGAAGGAGAUGGCCACGCUGCAGAAGAAGAUCCUCAUGGACACACAACAGCAGGAGAUGGCCACUGUCCGCAAGUCGCUGCAGACCAUGCUGUUCUAACCUGCUGUUUCCAUGGUACCGGAGCUUGUCAACCUACGUUAAGGGUGUAUUUCGAAGAGUUGUCAUGGUUAUGUACAUCCUGUAAACUUUAUUUAGUUCAUGUUCAUGCUGUUGCAGCAAUAGUUUGUGAUUUCAACGACUUAUAAAUAUGACUUUCCUGCUCUGCCUCUUACAGCUGAGUUCUGUUUGCUCUGUUUACUCUGCUGCGUAUUUAUUUCAUGUUUGUUUCUACUUCAAAUGCUUUGUAUAAACUGUUAAUUAACUGGUUGACAACUU